UGCAAGUGUGGCAUCAUUCAGUCAGGGGGAAUUGUUGUGGGACAAAUGUGAGCGAUUGUGGAUACAAUAGUCAUAAUUGUCCUCCUGGAGAAGACAGAACUGACAAUAGAAACAACUAUCAGCUUGUUUAGGUGGCACCAGCACAUCAAAUGCCUUUUCUUAAACCAGUCGAAGACAAAGACUGAAGACAAGGUGGUAAACAUACUCCUGACAGUCAAUCUCUGCUCUGUUGCUGUCGACAUCAAGUCUCACAAUAAACUGCUGUGCUGAACAUGUGUGCAACUCUCUCUACAGGAGACAUUUGAAAAACACCAAGAGUGUCUAAAGAUGCAAAGGGAAGCAGUGAAAUACAGACUGAAAAAACUGGCCGCACGACAAUCAGAAAUCGCAAAAAAGUCUGCAGUGAUAAGGGAGAGCAUCAUAAGAAAAUAUCAGGAGAUCCAAGCCGUUCUGGACCAGGACUUGAGGAUGACCCUGUCCCACCUGGAGAUGGAGGAGCGGGCGGCUGUCUCUGCGCUGGAUGGACUGAUGGAAAAGAACUGUUCUCUGAUCCAGGACAUAGAGCAGGACAUGGCCAGACUCACUGUGGCAAUGGACCAGACCGACACAGAGCCUGAUACAAUGUCUUUCUUUUUAUACUCUGAGCAGCAAGACAUGGAGACAGUAGACAGAGUGAUGGAUCUGCUAAAUAGGACAGAUCCGAGCAGUGUGAGCCUGGACGAAGUUAAAGCGGACCAGAUCCUCAGCCUCACCAGCAACAUGCUUCUGCUUAUCAGCUCACAGACCCCGAUAAUCAAGAAACUCACCAAGAGUUAUUCCAGCGUGGUGUGUCUGGACCCCAAGACGGCUCACCCAAAACUGAUCAUCUCCCCCCAAGGUGACAGCGCCACCUACACAGACACCUGGCAGCAACUUCCUGACCUCCCUGGGCGCUUUGACACCACCCUCAAUGUCAUCAGCUUGCAAGGAUUAAGCUUUGGUCGCCAUUACUGGGAGAUUGAUGUGACUGGGAAGACUUACUGGGAGCUUGGCGUCACCUAUCCAAACAUUCCCCGCAAGGGCACCACUGAAGACUGCUGGCUGGGCCGGGGGCACGAGUCCUGGUGUGUGGAGUUCUUUGAUGGGGAGUAUACUGCCUGGCACGGAGGUGUGCCCCAUCAGCUGCCUUUCACAAAACACUUCUGUCGGAUUGGUGUGUUGUGUAGUUUCCCUGCAGGGUUGGUGACGUUUCUUGAGGCAGACAACAUGACGGCACUGUUCUCCUUCUGUGCAGGAACCUUCUCGGACUGCCUCCACCUGGCCCUGUGUCCUGGUCAUGACCACAAUGGCACCAAUGCUGAACCUCUUGUGAUCUGUAAUGCUCCAUCUCCUUCCAGUGAUCUUUGAUUAGUAUUUGAAAAGUAAUUCUCUGCCUCGGCACCAUUGUCUAAUAAUGCACCAAUUGUAAAGGUUUAUAAUUAAACAACACUAAGAAUCUACA